AUGUACGGCCACGUGCUGGGGCAGGUGGCAGGAGUGGGCUGCCCGGACCACCUGGACGAUGUGAAGCCAGGUCUGAGCCACCUGUGGGACCAGUGUACCUGCCCCCUUUUGGCUGCCCUGGUCUGCAUAAACAACCAGAAAUCCCACAACGAGAAGUCAGGACAUGAGCCACAGCCAGCCCUGAGGAGUCUGAAGCCAUUGCUAAGCUCUGCCGUCCUCACCUGUCCGGACUCUGAUGCCCCGUCACCCGCCCCGGCUCUGCUUCCCCCUCACGUGUCCUCUCCCGGGCGGCAGCGCGCUGCGGUCGCAAUCGCCGGUGGCGUCACCGCGGGCGGUGGCGGCCGUGGCCCAGGCAGCCCGGCUGUCCGGCGGCGGAGCGAAUGGGCGGUGCGGGCCGUGAGCUCGCGCGCGCCGCACGUGCUGGUGGACCCCGCGCCCGCCAGAACCAUCGUGGUGUACCGCAACGGGGACCGGUUCUACGUGGGCCGCAAGUUCGCGCUGUCGCGGCGCCCCGUGGCCACCUUCGAGGCGCUGCUGGAGCAGCUGACGGAGCAGGUGGCGGUGCCCUGCGGUGCGCGGCGCCUCUUCACGCCGACGCGCGGGCGCCCGGUGAGCGAGCUGGACGCGCUGCAGGCCGGCGGCAAGUACGUGGCGGCCGGGCGCGAGCGCUUCAGGAAGCUGGAUUAUUUUAAUGUAGUUCCCAGCAGACCUGCAAGGAUGAGAAAGAUGAAGGAAAUCAAGCCGGUGGUACAUUGUGACAUAGACGUGCCUCCCAGGUGGCAAACAUCCCAUCGUUUACCCCGACAAAUCAAUGUUUUCACAAAUGGAAGAUUAUUUAUUCCACCUGUAAAGAUUAUUAUACCCAAAUUCAGCCUGACGGAGUGAAACUGCGUGCUGGCCAUGAUCGGAGAGAAGGUCUUUCCUCUGGGAGGCGUUCGAAAAUUAUUUACAAUGAAUGGGCAUCUUCCGGACGUGUACACACGAGCCCGAGUGUUCCUUCACACGACCGUUUUCUACUUUAAGGCUCCCUUCGCCCUGUUGACGGAUGGUGACCCCCCAGCAGUAAAGUACUCAGACGUUGAGAAGUAUUCGCGAAGAAAGAAAAAAGUGAAGGAUCCCAAGGUGAAAGAAACUCAUAAAUACGACAGCGUUCCACCCAAAGCACUGGAUUCUAUUUUUUACGCCAAAGAAGGAAAGAAGAAACCAAAGGCAGAACCUUUAAUCCACAGCGGGGCAGAUGGUGACGUGUAUGAAGCCCAGACUCCUAACAAGGAAACCCAAGGAGCACCAGAAGUUACGGGGGCCCCGGACGUGCAUGUGGAGGUGCCUGUGGCCAGUGCACCCAGCAGGUCUCCAGGGCCUCCGGGCCCCAAUCCUGGGCCUCAAAGGGGAGUCUGUGCCGAAAUGCAUGACUUUGCCUCUGGUAUCUACCUGGAGGCAUUAAAGGUCCCUUUCCAAAAACCAGCCGAGAUAGUGAAAGAAGAGACACACAAUCACAUGCCUAAUUUUGAAAGCAACGAGCAUCUCUCAAGAACCUCAGCAAGAAUAAGAAAGUGGUUCCGUUUCCUGAUGGCCUGGGAGUGGAAAUCAAUAACUUUAAAAAGUCACCCUUAUAUCCACUUGAAGUCAAUCUUUCUUCCAUCCUGGUGCUUCCAUCUCACAUAUGGACAGUUUAACAGCAAGAAAAUCAUGUCUGGCGUGAAGCCGAGGUCCCAAGCACUAGGGUCUCCUCAAAAGCUAAAGAUGAGGGUUUUCCAGUGGAUUCCAUAUUGUUCUGAUUCCUUUUCUUGGUGAUAUUUCUUUUUAGUAAACAUUUGAAAGAGUGAAAUGUGGUUCUUUAUAAUUAAGUCACACAAAGAUUGUUCAGAAAACCAGAAGGGUUUGGAAUAACCUGUGCACAUUUGCCCUAAUGACUUUUUUUUCUUGGAAUGUGUAUUGGAAGGUAUGGUUUUAUUUUUAUGCAACUUGGAAGUUCUCACAAAGAGGUACCUAGAACCUCUUGUGUGUGAGGUUCAAAGUAUGAAAAUAUGUUACCUAAUGAAUGAUUAAAUCCAAACGAAAAGAAAAAAAAAUACCAAGGCCACCUGGGAAAUGGAUUUUAAAUUCUAUUUGCUUAUUUUUAUGAGAAAAUACCCACGUGGCUAAGUGCAAAGAUUUAACAGUUUUCUUUAGCAAAGAUCUUAAUGUUAGCAAAUAAUGUAUGCUUUCAAAUCACUCUGUUCAGAGUUUGGGGAUUGUUUUGCUGAGUACACAUAUAGCUGUUAUAUGUAUUUUGUUUGCAUUUUGGUCAUAUUUAAAGAAGUCGUAGGCUGUUUACCUUUGCAUUUUGGUAAAAAAGAUCAUGUGCUAUCAACAAGGUUAAAUUUUCACAAUUAGAGACUUAAAUAUCUUCAUCUCCAAGAUACUGGGCAUGUUCGUGUUAAGAAUGUAAACAUAUUUUCUGUAAUAAAUAUUGAUAAAAUAGUUACAAUCAUUGGCAGCAGGUUCGACAGUGUCAACUUCUUAUAUUUAUGCUUAGAAUGCUUUAGAGGUUGGUCUGUAUGACAGUGUGUCAGAACCUCUUGGGGUAUACAAGAAAAAGUGAGAAAGUAAGCAGAAGAGGAGAGUUUAAGAAAUACCCUGAGAAAACCAUAAUUCAGAAAGAGUCAUGUACCGAAAUGUUCAUUGCAGCUCUAUUUACAAUAGCCAGGAGAUGGAAGCAACCUAAGUGUCCAUCAUCGGAUGAAUGGAUAAAGAAGGUGUGGCACAUAUAUACGACGGAAUAUUACUCAGCCAUAAAAAUAAAUGAAACUGAGUUAUUUGUAGUGAGGUGCAUGGACCUAGAGUCCUUUAUACAGAGUGAAGUAAGUCAGAAAGAGGAAAACAAAUACCGUAUGCUAGCACAUAUAUAUGGAAUCUAAGGGAAAAAAAAAGGUCAUGAAGAACCUAGGGGUAAGACGGGAAUAAAGACACAGACCUACUAGAGAAUGGACUUGAGGAUAUGGGCAGGGGGAAGGGUAAGCUGUGACAAAGUGAGAGAGUGGCAUGGACAUAUAUAAACUAUCAAACGUAAAAUAGAUAGCUAGUGGGAAGCAGCCGCAUAGCACAGGGAGAUCAGCUCGGUGCUUUGUGACCACCUA